CUUGCCCUUCUCAUGCCAAAGACGACGCAAUUUUUUUUAAAGAUUUCCGGAAGAGAAUAUAGAAUUUUUUUUUUAGAGAAUUUUGGUUUCGAUCAGGGCUUUACCAUGAGAGGAAGAGAAGUAGUUGUGAGCGCGCUGCUUGCUGUGGUGGUAGCUGGCUUGCUGUCGUCGGCGGCGGAGGACGGCGGUCCACGGCGCCGGUCGCUCCACCAGCCGUUCUUCCCCGUCGAGUCAUCCCCGCCACCGCAGGAGUCCGACGGCUCGAUCGUGCCACCGCCGCAGCCGGCCGCAUCGGCGGUGGCGUCCACGGGCGGCGGGCGGUCCGCGACCAGCGUCACCAACACCAUCGCCAUCGCGCUCACCGCGGGCCUCGUCACGCUCGCGGUGGCGUCCUAUUUGUGCUUCCUCCUGUGCCGCCGGCGCUCCGAUGGCGGGGGCGACGAGGGGCGCGGUGCGAAGUCGGUGCGCGGCGUGGCCGCGAGAGUUGCCAGCGACGUCGGGAGCAGCGCCAGGCACCACAGGUCGCCGCCGCCGAGCUCGACGGCGUCCGAUGCAAUAUACCUCGAUCCUCUCACGGCGAUGACGGAGGUGAACCGCCACCGGCCGCAGAGCCCGGACCUCCGGCCGCUCGUGCUCGUGAAGCAGCCGAGCCCCGACCUCCGGCCGUUGCCGCCGCUGAAACGGCCGGCCCCGCAGCCCCCGCCCCCGCCGGCGUCCACGCCGCCGGUGACCAACACGUGGGAUUCAUCCGACGAGGACCAGGCCACGUACUACACCGCGCCGAAGACCGCCAAAUCCUCGUUCAGCCGGAGCACGAGCCAGCGCAGCACCCUGGAGCAAACGGUGCCUCAACUGCCCGCGCCCACACCGCCGCCGCCGCCGCCGCCGCAAGCGAAUCCUCUGCGGUCUGCUCCCCCGCCGCCGCCCCCUCCGCCGCCGAGGCAGAGGCUGCUGCGGCCGAUGCCCGCGGAGUCCCCACCCCCCGCCGUUCUCGCCAAUUUGGCGCUAACCAAUUCCCCUGAGCCCUCUGUUCAAGACAGGGGAAGCGAUAACCCCGACGGCUACAGCGGGAGCGCGCGGCCGCCGAGGCCGCCAAGCCUGAAGCCGCUGCACUGGGACAAGCUGCGCUCCAUCUCCGGCCGCACCACCGUCUGGGACCAGGUCAACAACUCCGACUCGUUCCGCGUGGACGAGGCAGCAAUGGAGAGCUUGUUCCUGAACAAGACCGGCGGCACGGGGAGUUCCGAUCAGGCGGCGAGGAAGGGAGGCGCCGGGAAGCAGGACAGCCGUCUGCUCGACCCCAAGCGGCUGCAGAACGUCGCGAUCAUGCUCAAGGCGCUCAAUGUGACAUCGGAUGAUGUGAUUGGAGCACUCGUGCACGGAAACGGAGAUUUAGGGUCUGAGUUCUACGAAACACUAGCCAAGAUGGCACCGACCAAAGAAGAAGAAUUGAAACUAAAAGAUUAUAGUGGUGAUUUAUCAAGAAUCGAUCCAGCAGAGCGCUUUCUGAAAGACAUACUUGAUGUUCCUUUUGCCUUCAAGAGAGUAGAUGUAAUGCUGUACAGAGCAAACUUUGACACUGAAGUGAAUUAUUUGAGGAAAUCUUUUGUUACGCUGGAGGCAGCCUGUGCAGAUUUAAGAAGCAGCAAGCUAUUCUUGAAGUUGCUAGAUGCAGUUCUAAAGACCGGGAACCGCAUGAACGAUGGAACUAAUCGAGGCGAGGCAAGGGCCUUCAAACUUGACACCCUUCUAAACCUUGCAGACAUCAAGUCAGCAGACGGAAAAACAACAGUGCUCCAUUUCGUGGUACAAGAGAUCAUCCGAUCAGAAGGCUUUGGUUCCGAUCAAACAACUGUAAAUCCUGGCAGCACCAGUAAGGAACAAUUCAAGAAGGAUGGCCUGAAAGUACUUGCAGGGCUCAGCAGUGAGCUCUCGAACGUGAAGAGGGCAGCCACAUUGGAGAUGGACACCUUGAUCGGCAACGUCUCGAAGCUCGAAACCGACCUCGAGCAGGUUAAGCAGGUGUUGCAACUCAAGGAGACAUGUCCCGAUCAUGGCUCAAGCGAGAAGUUCUUCAAGGCAAUAGAUGUGUUCCUCGGAAGGGCUCUGGUGGAGAUCGAGAGCGUGAAGAUGGCGGGGGAGAGCGCGCUGCGACGCGUGAAGGAGACCACGGAGUACUUCCAUGGCGACGCCACCAAGGAGGAGCCUCACCACCUGAGGAUAUUCAUGGUGGUGAGCGACUUCCUCUCGACACUGGACCGCGUGUGCCGGGACGUCGGCAGAACGCCGGAGAGGGUGAUGAUGGGGUCCGGUAAGUCAUUCCGCGUCACGGCAGGCACCUCCUUGCCGCCGCGCCGGCAUGAGCCGCGGAGGGAGCUUAGCUCCUCCGAUGAAGACAGCUCGUCCUCUUAGAGUUACUAGGAACCUCUCUUUUUUGGUGUAUAGGAUAGUUGUUCAAAUUUGAGGGCAGUGAUUCUUUCAGAGUUGAGCAUGUGUAGUCGAUGUCAGAAGUCAGAAGAUAAAGCCACUGUGUAAUAGAUGCUUACAAAGGUUAAAAUAUAUAAAAUAGCUGUACAAAGACAAGGUUUCUUGACUCUGUACUAUGAUAUAGGAUUUUUUAGUCUAAUUAAACUAAUAUUUUAAUAAUA